AAACAACGGGGUGUAGUUUUGUAACUUCUGAUAUCCAAGUUUUAUUUUUUCCCCCAGCUAUAUGUUUGUGUACGUGUGAGAAUGUAAGAGGAAGAGAUGGUGGAAUGGAGAAGGGGCAGGUACGGGAGUGUGAGCCACUCCUCCAGCAGAGCCCCGGUGCGCCCCUGUUCCAAUGGAAACAGGUGGGAUUCCCGAACUCUCCAAUCAAACCCGCCCUAUGCUGUUGAGCAGGGUGGAGAGUGCAGAAGUCCACAACCGGAGGCAGGACUCAACCAACUUCUACGUUGCGAACAGGAAAAGUCGGGAAAACACAUCUUCCCCCGCAUGACGCCGUCUGUCUUGGCCUGCAUGUGUCCUCAGAGCGUUUCCUGCAGUUCACCGGAGCGCUGCUGAAGUUCUCCCCGCCGCUCGGGCUGCUGUUUAGGCGGCGUCGGAGCGUCGCUGCGCUCGGGACGCCUCGCUGCUAUGAAGAACACCUACUGAGCGGAUAUUCGGAUCGUUUUCCUUGGAUUUAUCCCUCUCCAAUCGACCUGGCUUUUAUCCUGGUUGCGUUCUUCUAUAGUGUGGAUAUAUAAACAGUUAGGAAAAUGCCUGGGAAAACCAAGUAUAACCUCGUUGAUGACGGACACGAUUUGAGGAUCCCGUUGCACAACGAGGAAGCAUUCCAGCAUGGGAUCAACUUCGAAGCAAAGUAUAUCGGCAGUCUGGAUGUGACGCGGCCGAGCAGCAGAGUGGAGAUUGUUGCUGCCAUGAGACGGAUCCGGUAUGAGUUCAAGGUGAAAAACAUCAAGAAGAAGAAAGUUCACAUCGUUGUGUCAACAGACGGAGUCAAGGUUACCUUGAGAAAAAAGAAAAAAAAGAAAGAGUGGACCUGGGAUGAGAGCAAGUUGAUUGUAAUGCAGGAUCCAAUUUACAGAAUAUUCUACGUUUCUCAUGACUCACAAGAUUUGAAGAUCUUCAGCUACAUUGCCAGAGAUGGUCAGAGCAAUGUUUUCCGCUGUAAUGUGUUCAAGUCCAAGAAGAAGAGUCAGGCCAUGCGCAUCGUCCGAACAGUUGGCCAGGCGUUUGAGGUUUGUCAUAAACUGAGUCUACAGCAUACACAGCAAAAUGCAGAUGGAAAGGCGGACUGCAACGGUGAAAAAAAUGGUGACGAUUCCUCUGGCGUGCGUGCUUAUCCACCUGUAUGUGUGUGUACUUUCCUCGGCCCAGCUCGGGAGCUAACAGGUGCAGAGAAGACUCCAGCGAGCGUCGCGGAGGAAACGGACAUUGAUGCCGAAGACGUGGUCCAGGUGCCGACGGCCGAGGACUUGAACCUCAACAGAGGAGUGACAGAUCUCGAUGCCACUGCCAAGACACCUGACUUAACCCAGUCAGAAAAUAAGGUUUUGGAGGAGCCUUCUCUUCUGAUGUCCAGUCCCAGGAUGCUGCUCCCAGCGUCGGGCACGCUGCCUCCCGGGGCUCCAUUGUCUGUCCACCACCAGAUCCAGCUGCUCCAGCAGCAGCUUCAGCAGCAGCAGCAGCAGACUCACGUCGCUGUAGCACAGGUCCAUCUUCUGAAGGACCAGCUAAGCGCCGAGGCCACAGCUCGGCUGGAGGCCCAGGCUCGAGUCCAUCAACUGCUGCUCCAGAACAAAGACCUGCUGCAGCACAUCUCCCUGCUGGUUAAACAAAUCCAGGAGCUAGAAUCAAAGAUGGUUGGACCAAAUUCCAUGGGCUCUCAGGACAGUUUGUUGGAGAUCACCUUCCGCUCCACGGUACCUCCAGUGAUCUGCGAUGCUACAACUCCCAAAUCCGAGGUGUCAGACAUCAACCUCUCUGCACUUGGCACUGGUGACGGAACCAGCAACGUCUUUUCCUCUACCAACGGGACUCUGGGAAGCCCCCUAGGUAGGGACCAAUGUCUACUCAAACUGGAGUGUUUCCGUUUCCUCCCGGGACCACCGGGGUCUCCACCUCCCCGACUCCCUUCGCCUCCCCCAUCACUCAAGUCUAACAAGCCAAUGACUCAAGGUCGAGAUGUGCCUAACACUCCAGCGAGCAUCUUAUCCAGAGAAGUGAAAUCUUUGGACUGCCUGGAGUUCACCAGGUUUCGCGAGUCAGGUAUCGCUUCAGAGUAUGAGUCGAACUCAGACGACAGCGAUGACAGGGAAGAUGAGGGGGAGGACGAUGAGGAUGAGGAUGAGGAGAUGGAGAUCUUUGGCUGGGGAACAGAUGGGGAGACGUUGAGACUGCUCAAUGCUCUCAACAAACAAGGAGCUCCUGACUGUCUGGGAGAUGAAAUAGCCAUUUGAGGCUUUUUCUGUUUUGAUGAAAACUCCUCUAUUCCUGUCUUAUUCACUUCAAAUUUCUGUACAGCUAACAUUUUGUGGACUAACCUCUGUCAGGUGCGCACAAUUAUUUAUAUGAGAUUCAUAUAGUUAUACCUCAUGUACUUAAAAUGAUUAACAGUUUUCCAGUUACAGAUUGUGUUUUUGAUUUGUAUUUUAGCUUCAGUGUUUUAGUUUGUUCAGCUUCUAAAUUCACUUUCUUUUUUUAUUUUUAAUUUUAAAAGUAGCAUUCAUACCACUGUGAAAUUUAUAAAAUGAAAUAGGUCAUCCGACAUUACAUGUUAUGCAAAACUAUUAGUUAGGUUUAUCUUGAUGUGUCAUAUCUCUCAUUGAAAUAAAUCAAAUUAAAUAUUUCUUACUGUCUUGAUGUCGCACAGUGUUUUGGUCUGCAGAAUGUGUCAGCUGAACAUACCUUCUGUCAACAAAGAACAGAGUAAAAGAACAAUUGAAACUGUUGAUAGUAAAGAACAAUACAGGUGGUUGCUUUUACAAAUGUAAAAUGUCAGAAUGUCAAUCUGAAGGUAGCACAAAUUUAAAUCAAAUUGUGUGAA